UUUAAAAGGGAAACAACUUUUGUGGAGGGGCACUCGUGCUCGGCUUUAAUAAAGACUCAAAUUGAACAUUUGAAAGGGUUUGUCUUAUUAAAGUAGCUGUUUGGGACACUUCUCAAACAUGUCGUCGUUCAGGAAAGCGCUGAAAUCCCGACAAAGAAACCACCAUGAAAGAUCCCAGCCUGAAUUUAGGAAGCACUUGGGCUUACUGGAGAAGAAGAAAGACUACAAACAACGUGCAAAUGACUACCAUAAGAAGAAAAACACACUCCUCGCUUUUCGCAAGAAGGCUCUGGAGAAGAACCCGGAUGAGUUUUACUACAACAUGAUCAAUUCACAGCUGCAGGACGGAGUCCACCUGUCCAAAAAGCAGAAAGAUGAUGAGUCGGAGGUGACGGAGGAGCAGAAGAGAGUGAUGACGACACAGGAUAUUAAAUAUGUGGAGAUGAAGAGGGUGGCAGAAGCGAGGAAAAUUGAGAGGCUGAAAGGAAGUCUCCAUCUUCUGGAUGCGGUCAGCAAACAGAAAAACAAGCACACCUUUUUUGUGGAUUCCAAAAAAGAAGUACAGUCGUUCGACUUGGCCAACCACCUGAACACCGUCCCCGAACUGCUGGAUCGAGUGUACAACAGACCCACAGUGGCCACGCUGAUGAACGAGCGCAUCCUGGGAGCCGUGGAGCCUCGCAGUCAAAAGAAGCUGUCCAAGCAACGCAAGCACGAGUACAAGCUUCUUGCCCAAAGGAUCGACCGGGAGAGGAAACUGUUUGUCAUCAGCCAGAAGCUUCAGACGCGCAAGGACCUCCAGGAUAAAAGCAAGAAAAUCAAAGUUAAGAAGGAGACGCCAAAUGCUCCGGCCAUCUACAAGUUCGAGACUAAGAGGAAGCGCUGAGUCGCCACUCAGUUGACGAAUCGAGUCACCACAAAGUUGACCAAUCAUGGACAUUAUCCUUCAAAAAAUGUCACAACACAUUUUGUACAUACAUAUUUGUUCCCAAUUAAAUAUUAAACAUUAUAA